GUAAUAAUGAAAUAUUUUAAGAAAGAAUGUAUCGUGCUAUUGAUGUUCAUGUUUCUACUAUCAUCAAGUGACGUGUUAGGUCGGAAAAGGGUUAGGGUAAUAAUAAUUAACGGGGUAAACAGUGAUAAUCCUCUUAGCCUUCAUUGCAAAUCGGGAGAUGAUGAUUUUGGUGGAAAAGUAUUGGAAUAUAACCAGUCUUUUCAGUUCAGCUUUAGACCUAAUAUUUUUGGAAAGACUGUUUUUCGUUGUAACUUUCAAGUUAAUAACAUUUUGUGGGCUGAUAAAUAUUAUAACUUGAAUCAAACUACAGAUGUUUACGGGGGUAAAACUGAUGGUCUCAAAUGCGGUUCAUGUUAUUGGGAGAUUAACCAAAUGGGACUUUGUUUGGGUAAAGCUUUCACUGGUCCAUUUGAUUAUUGUCGUUAUAAAUGGAUUUACUAAAAUAAGGAGAUGCUGGUUUCGGUGAAGCAGAAUUACAAUAUGAUUACUUUUAUGGGUUUCGGUUUGACCCUAAUAUCUUUGGAAGGUCUUAGCGAUUUUGAAGAAAUUAUUUGUUAUUAUUUUAAUUUUAUUUUUUAAGAGAUUAUUUACUAUCACAAAAAUUAAUAAGAAUUAAAUUUGUAUUUUAUAA